AUGGCGAUCGGAGAGUUUCCAUCGGAAUCAUUUGGUACUUGUUUGCUUCCCUCUCUUCCAGAAGAUGUAUUUGCUGUUAUCUCUCGUUUCCUUUCUCCAAGCGACAUUUGCAACUUAAGCUUUUGCUGCAAAAGUCUUUGUGCCCUUGUGGGUUCCGAGGAGAUCUGGCUUGUGCAAUGUGAGCUUGUAAAGGUUCUUCCUUUAUCUGAAGUACUCCAAUGGCGAACCGGGAUCUCUUCUUACAAGGCGCUUUUUCGGUUUCUUGUAGAGGUAAUGAAGCCUCUGGUUGGGAUUUGGGUUCACCAAUGCCCUGAACUUGGAAAUGUUGUUUACGUGAUGCCUGGUUACUUGUCUGUUGUUGGUUGCCGGAUAAUUCCACAAAAGGUUGGUCCUUUGGGUAUUCAAGAAGGUCGGGUUAUGUGGUCGCCGGUUUUCGAAAUAAUCUGCGGUUUUGAUGGCUCCAGUAAGUUUUUCCUCCAUGGAAGAAACGUGGAAGGCAGUUGCGUGUACCCUGGUGUUGUUGCGGGUAUAGAGAAGAGUUGCAAUGUGCUUCAUCUUGAGGUUGAGCCAAGGCGAGAGAAGAGUUUGUGCAGUGAGAAUGAAAAUGAGAGUGAAGAAGUCUCAAGAGAGGUAUCAUUCAGGGAGCUCACUUUAAACGAUAAAAAGAACUUACUGAACCUGGUGACAAGCCAAGUAAGUUUACAUGUACCUGAACCAUUAGCGGGAAGGUUGUUUCCAACGCCGAAAGAUGAUGAGAGGAUGUUGUCUGAACGUAGGACCAUGCUCCUUAAAAUGCACAAGUUUGGUGGCAAUUGGAAGCACAAGAACCUCGAGGAGGAGGAGGAGCAGUUGUGUUACAAUCCUAUGAAGGUAGACAUUGACAGGAUUUUGAAGACUCUUGGUAAUGACAAUAAGGAUAUGGACAGUGAUGAUGAUGAUGAUGAUGAUGAUGAUGAUGAUGAUGAUGAUGAUGAUGAUGAUAGAGAGAGUAGGACAGAGGAGAAUUUCGAGAGCUUUUUUAGCGCUGGUGAUACAUUUGGUCUUAGUCUCAAAGCUUCCUACACUGAGAUCUCUUCUUACAUAGGCUGGCCAAUCAUGAGCUUAAACCACUUUUCCCUUUAUAAACUACCUAUCAAGAGUCCGGUCGAUAGCCAAGAGUAUACCGGUUCGUGCGAGUUACAAAGCACAAAAAGGAAGAGCUUUAGCCAGGUUCUCAGAAGUGGCAUCAAGCAUAUCUUGAGGAGGCCUAGUUCGAAGAACGCGUCUACGAGCAGAAGUUUUAAUCUGAAGACGUUUCUUAGCUCUGGUGAUGUGGUAGAUCCUAGUGUGAAAGCUACAAAGACUAAGCUACCGAUUAAGAAACCAGUGGAGAGGCAAGAGUAUGCUGGUUUGUGGGGAGGAACAUUUGGCUGGCCACCUGGGAAAUAUACUGAAGACAAACCCGGUGAGGCUCUGUUCUUGCUGAUGCUCGGUUAUGAAGAAACUCAAAAGGAUAAUAGUUAUGAGAGGCUUCUUAUUGGGACGAAGAUACUCGAAGGCACUCACCAUGUGGGGCAUCCUAAUGGAUCCAAUAUGUUUGUUGUGAAUAUCGAUACACCUUCCCUUGAGCCCUUUCCGUUUGAUGCAGAAGGAAGAGAGUUUGAGCAUUCUUACAAGGGAGAUGGUAUCGCGUCUGGUUAUGGAUUCCGGUAUCCAAGUUCAAAACCCGGUUCCCUUUACGUGAUCUCUGAUGAUCUUCUUGUAUUCGUUUGGCAAGAGACUAGAGAUGUGUGUACACUGCAAAGACUGAACCUUGAAGAGGUGUUGAAGCAAGGUCUAGGUUUGUGCGUGCCGCCUUUGCCUCCGACUAAGAAUUUUACUUAUAUGGAAAGAUCAUACAGAAACGUGUAUCUCGAGUCUUAUACACCUCCCUCGCAGUGA